CUCAUGAAAUGUCAAAUUAAAGUUUUGAAUUUUCCCGACCGUUGCGUUGUUAUGAUUCGAAGAAUUUGUAAUUUUCAAAUAAAUAUUACUUUAUUCUAUAAAAAGCUCCAUUUAUUUUUAAGUACUGAGUUGAUGUAAAUCUAUUUUAACAAUGACGAUCCCAAAAAAGCAGAUGAAAAUCACAAAAUUGUUCAAAAAAGGGGCAACAAGGGUCCCAAUCUCGGAUGACUGUGGUGAAUUACAAGAAGAAGUGAGGCAGUUGGAGCAGAGGCUCCGAGAGAAGCAGAAUGAAUUGUUCCAGAUACAAAGAAACACAUACAGACACAAACUAUCCCCACCUAAAGCAAAAGAGGACAAUUUUGUCAGGCCUCAAAAAAUAGUGCUGAGCAACUCAAUAGACAGCCUGAAACGCAGCUUGGAGCUGGUGUCGAUGCUGUCGGGGAUGGAGGUGCAGUCGUACGUAUCCGGUGAACACUGCUGCGUGCUCUUCCACAUGCAACACGCCGCCCCACACGCAGUCUCGCAUGGCAUGAGGAUUGAUAUCAAGUCAGGUAAGAAUGAGGUGUCUGCAUCGUCUCUGCCCCUGGGAUUCAACCUGACCGCUGUGAUGGAGGACUUCGACAACGUGAUGAAGCCAGACUGCCUUGGUGCCAUCAGGAAAGCUCUCGUCGCCUACUAUGACAGAUUGGAACAGUUUCAGAAUUUAAAGAAACUACUCAACAUAGAAGCCGAACUGUUCAAGACCCUGGAUGGGUCACACAUGGAGGUGUCUAUGUUCGUGCAAGGAGACGAUGAGGAAGAUCAGUUUCCUGUCACAUUGCUGUUGGACUAUAGAGUCUAUGACAUCAGGCCUAAGAACUAUGCUGUUAAAGAGAUCGAUCUCCCUGAGGGCGCGGCGGAUCUUCUCCGAGAGCAGUGCGCCGUAUUCAAGAAGAAGCCGCUGCACAAAGCAUUCAAAGAAGCAUUCUUCGGCGACGCACAAUACAGACUGGUGCAACAGAUGGGUCCACGGCCAGCGGAGCGCCGGCCUCGUCCAAAGAAGCGGUUCCGUCCAAACAAGCACCAGUACAACGACGAUACGUUCUUGCCCGAAGACUGUUCCGACCAGGGCGAGGAAGAUGAAGAUGCAGAGUAGCAUUUGAGGCAUAACUUAUAAGGGAA